CGCCAGAAAGCGCGGUGCAGCUCCGCCUUCCUAGGUCCCGCCCUCCUUUGUUAUGCUUCUAUCCGGGUUGCAGGGUGCACAGUCCGCGGCCGUUUCCUGCCCUGGUGCAUGGUGGUCGGACGGAGGAAUUGUUGGAAAAUUGUGCCGGAGGGAAAAAUAUGCUUUUAGCCCAAAUUAAUCGGGAUUCCCAAGCAAUGGCCGAGUUUCCUGGAGGAGGUGGGGAAGCCCAGCACGUCACUCUGUGUCUUACAGAAGCCGUGGCAGAUGGUGAGAGCAUGGACACAAUGGAAGGCAUGAGUCUGCAGGCAGUCACCCUGGCCGAUGGUUCCACUGCCUACAUUCAGCACAACACCAAAGAUGGGAAAUUAAUAGAAGGGCAAGUCAUUCAGCUGGAGGAUGGUUCGGCUGCCUAUGUUCAGCACGUCCCUAAAGGCGAUGACCUGAGUCUGGAGGACGGGCAGGCGGUUCAGUUGGAAGAUGGCACCACAGCCUACAUCCAUCACUCGUCCAAAGACUCGUAUGAUCAGAGUUCAGUACAGGCAGUGCAGCUGGAAGAUGGCACGACGGCUUACAUUCACCACGCGGUGCAGGUCCCGCAGUCCGAUACCAUCUUGGCAAUUCAAGCGGACGGCACCGUUGCCGGGCUACACACAGGGGAAGCCUCCAUCGAUCCCGACACAAUCAGCGCAUUGGAACAGUACGCAGCAAAGGUGUCGAUUGAAGGAGGGGAAGGAGCAGGUAGCAACGCACUUAUAAAUGAAUCUGAAUCAGAAAAAAAAAUGCAGAUUGUAUUAAGCCAUGGUGCCCGUUUGCCCAUCAAAGCCCAACAGACUAACGAGAAGGCUUUCCGCUGUGACUACGAAGGCUGUGGGAAACUGUACACAACUGCCCAUCAUCUUAAGGUGCACGAGAGGUCACACACAGGGGAUCGUCCAUACCAAUGUGACCACGGCAGCUGCAGAAAAGCGUUUGCUACAGCUCCAGCGAGCCCUCGGAAGGACAAGGCUAAAGCUAGUGGUCCUUCCGAGGGAGAGGAUCACCUGCCGCCCGAGGAGACCUCAGUACCGCCAGAGGUACCUGAGCAGGGCCGCCCCCAAAAUCCUGGCCAACGAGGCCGUGUGAGGAGGCACCGGAUGGUGUCCGGAGUGCAGGGGAUCCAGAAGACAGCGGACGGUUAUGGGUUAAAAAGCCACGUGAGGACACACACAGGAGAGAAACCAUACCGGUGUUCUGAGGAAAACUGCACCAAGUCUUUCAAGACGUCUGGAGACCUGCAGAAACACGUCAGAACUCACACAGGAGAAAGGCCGUUCAAGUGUCCGUUUGAAGGCUGCGGAAGAUCAUUCACUACGUCCAAUAUCCGAAAGGUCCACAUCCGCACACACACGGGGGAAAGACCAUACUACUGCUCGGAACCAGGGUGUGGCAGAGCCUUCGCCAGUGCAACCAAUUACAAGAACCACGUGCGGAUACACACAGGUGAGAAGCCUUACGUGUGCACAGUACCCGGCUGUGACAAACGCUUCACGGAGUAUUCGAGUUUGUACAAACACCACGUGGUCCAUACGCACUCCAAGCCGUACAACUGCAAUCACUGCGGCAAGACCUACAAGCAGAUCUCCACGCUGGCCAUGCACAAGCGGACGGCUCACAACGACACAGAACCCAUUGAGGAAGAUCAGGAGAGUUUCUUUGUGCCGCAGCCACCUGAUGAAGUGAUCAAAGGCUCCCAGAUCACGUAUGUAACUGGCGUGGACGGAGAGGACGGUAUCUCAGCGACGCAGUCGGGCCAGCAGUUGGCACUCAUUGCCCAGGAUGGCACAUCCCAUGUGGCAAUAGUCGCCCAAGACUUAUCAGCAUUCCACAACUCUGAAACAGGCCCCCAGCACAGCCACAAUCUGGGGGGCAGUGACUCCAGACCCGUUACAUUACUAGCCACUUCCAAUGGGAGACAGAUCGCAGUGCAAAUCGGGGAACAGCAGUCAUUGGAGGAAGCCAUACGAAUCGCUUCGAGGAUACAACAAGGCGAAUCCCCCGGCAUGGAAGAUUAACCACUAAUGGCCCAAACAAUGCGACUAGUUAACUGCAGAGAUCUCUGCCCGCGCCCCCCCCCCAGCUUGCGUGGUAUUGGGUGUAGGCCUCCAGGGGCCCCCACUCUUGUAGAGACACUAGGUUAUCCAAUGACUUUGUAAAUUGUCCUUUUAUCCACACAACAAACCUUCACUUUUUGGAUCGGGGGGGAACAUUGGGGGGGUGGAUUUGUAUAAAAAAUAACUUUUUUGGGGGGGAACCCGGAGGAAACAGACGGAUCUCCCACCACGGAAGUGACAGUUUGUCCCGUUGUACUCGCUGUAAAUAGAUUGUUCCUUCCUCUCUGUUCUGUCUAUAACCUCCCUGCUCUAGAUCUCAUUUCUUAACCUGGGAGUUGUAGUUCAGCAACACCUGGGUCCCGAGGUUAAGAAGCAAGGCUCUAGUGUUUGGGUUAUUCAAGCAAGGGAAUGUCAUUUUCUGUGUAAUAUAUCCUCUCUGUAUGAAUGUCUCUAGGAACAUAUUGAAUGAUUCCGGCACGACGGGGGCAAAUACUGUUUAUAAGCAGGGACUGCCAUGUUGCUUGCCUUGUAAUGUGGGGUUUUACAGACUGAUCAGUAGAAGGCACUGUUGUAUAGAAGGAAACCAUAAGGGUAGACAGGUAUAAGGUGAGCCCUGCGUAUAAAUAGGCUUCAUGCCCCUCGAGUAUUUCAGUCUAUGUUUGUCUAUAGAAGACAUGUAAACAUUUCAAUGUACGCGGGUUACACAGGACACACACGUAUGUUCCCUGCUGACAAUACUUUAAUGGUAGAUUAGAGUGGCGACUUGGUGCUAGUACUUAUAAUAAUGCCGCGCCGGGUCUCCUGUUGUUGCACUUGACCCAGGGCCCCCUGGAAACGGCAAAAGAUCCAAUCCGACGGCGACAUUUCAUGGCAGGACGUAAGCCCCGCCCCUAAAGGGCAGUAUGGCGGCAGCAAUGUGUGAUGUGAGCGCCCGUGUGUUCAUAUACAGUGUUUUAUUUGUACAAAAAUAUGCAAUAAAGACUUUGCUUUUUAACCAGGUGUCCCACGUUCUGUCCCCCCCGUCCUGUUUUACGCCCAUCUGAAAUGUAAAUACGUCAUUCGUUAAUAAAGUUUUCUACGGUA